GAAGAAGUUCAGUAUUGGCAUGCUGCUCCCUCUCUGCUCCUCUCCUCUCCUCUCCCCGCGGAUGGGAGGAGCGCAGCGCAGCUCCUCCAUAUAAGAAGAGUUGAACGUACAACAAGUGAUUUUACACAGCUACUUUAGGAGAAACGAAAUGAUCUGCUCUGGAGCCGCAGCAAAAUGCUGGAUGGACACCUACUCCUGGGAUGGUUAUCGUUCACAGUUAUAGUGCAUCUUCUCUCCGCGCCCGGACCCAGCUCGGCAUAUUUCGGGCUGACAGGUAAUGAACCGCUGUCGAUCUUGCCACUGAACUCUCUACCGGAGGAGGUUACAGGCAGGGCCCACCACAAGCUGUGUGACCGUCUCAGACUGGAGAAGAAGCAGCGCAGGAUGUGCAGAAGAGACCCGGGCGUGGCAGAAACCUUGAGGGAGGCUAUCAUUAUGAGCGCCUCAGAAUGUCACCAUCAAUUCCACUUCGAGAGGUGGAACUGCACCUUAGAGGGGCGUCAUCGCGCCAACAUACUGAAAAGUGGGUUUAAAGAGACGGCCUUCUUGUACGCCAUAUCCUCAGCGGGCUUAACGCACGCCAUCGCCAAAGCUUGCAGUGCAGGAAGGAUGGAGCGCUGCACGUGUGACGAAGCGCCAGACCUGGAAAACCGUAAAGCCUGGCAGUGGGGUGGCUGUGGGGACAACCUCAAAUAUGCAUACAAGUUUGUCAAGGACUUUCUGGGCAAACGCUCCAACAAGGACCCGCGUGCACGCGUCGACAUGCACAACACAAAUGUAGGCAUGAAGGUAAUCAAAGCUGGCGAGAACACCACCUGCAAAUGCCACGGUGUCUCCGGCUCCUGCACUGUCCGGACCUGCUGGAGGCAGCUCCCGCCCUUCCAUGAGAUCGGUAAGCGGCUGAAGCAGCUCUAUGAAACCUCCACCAAGUUUGGAAGUUCCACCAACGAGGCCACCGGAGAGGGAGAGAUCUCCACAGGCCGGACCCAGCAGCAGCAGCAGCAGCAGCAGCAGCAGCAGCCCUCCCUGCCUGGUUUGACUCAUCAGAUCCCUCGAACUAUGAACUUGCUCCACAUUGAGGACUCGCCUAGUUUUUGUAAACCCAGCAAGUACUCGUACGGCACUGCAGGCCGCAAGUGCUACAAGGACAAAAACUGUGACGCUAUCUGUUGUGGACGAGGCCAUAACACCCAGAACAGGGAGGUGACCAAGUCCUGCCAGUGCCAAGUGCGAUGGUGCUGCUAUGUCGAAUGCAAGCAGUGCACACAGCGUGAAGAAGUCUACACCUGCAAGGGGUAAAAGAGAGGGUCAAGAAUGGGCGUUCAAGACAAGAGGUGAUUUUGUUCUCAUGCGAGGUUCUGUUUCCAGCAUCAGAACAGUGUUCUGCUAAAAAAACCCAGGAGUGAGCCAAGAAGCAAUAAGCACUUUGAGGGAUUUUUGUGGGUUGCGUUUCAGAGGUCCUGCAGAAUUAAAAACUUUCUCAGACAACUGGGACAACAUCUCAAGCUUUUUAUUCACAGUGCUGCCUUAAGGAGAAAUGCUUUUUGUCAUUUUACAGAAAUCCUCCCGUGCCAUUUUCACAAGACAACAUCACAUUGCAGUUGAUGAAAAUGCAAUACAAGGAGAGCGACUCCAGCCGACUGAUGGCCUGGUGUGUGCAUACACGUGCGUUCGUCAGUUGACGACACUUAUAGAGACGUUUAAAAGAAAAGACAAAAAAGUUAGAAGAAAAUAGAAGAAGACAGGGUGUAAGAUUUACUACACGCACAUCUUUCACUCUCACACGUGGUGUGUGCGUGCAUAUGUAUGUAAAUAAACUCACUUAUAUUUUUAUGACAUUAUACAAGCCACUUAUCUAAUUUUGUAAAAACAAACCACUAACUGCACAGAUGUUUUGUUUGUGUGCGAGCGCUCGUUUUUCUUUAAUUCUGUUGACAAAGCCCUUCGGAAGCCGACACACCUUGGUCAAGAUGUGUUGCUGUGGAUAAUUUAUAGAUCCUGUGGGACUAAUCCUUCCCUGGGAGGAAAAUAAUAAUGUUUCUUUUAUUUUCUUUAUAAUAAUAUAUUCAUCUAUUGUUACUUAUAUUAACAGAUAUAGUAAAACCAGUCAGAAUAGGCCGCUGUUGGCUUCAAGUGUACCAGUUUUCAGGGAAUAACUUUAACCACUAUAUAUAUAUAUAUAUAUUUAUAUAUAUAUAUACUUGGACGAAAUGGAAACAAGGAAAAUACAUAAUUUUAGUUUAUUAAAUCCAACAUCUAUGUAACAGAUGGUCUUUGAUCAUUACAAUGGCCUUUUGAGAUUCAGACUAAAUCCAUUGGAGUUUUGUAAAGAUGUUUCUUUUUAGAUUUUCUUACUUGUAAAGAAAACUGUGCAGAACUGAAGGAAUGUAACUCAUAACAUUGUCAUGCCUUCUUUCAUACUUUGCUGCCACAAUUUGAGCCAUAAGAGACAUGCAGUGCAUGCAGUAGCUGUUCAGGGUUGGGGGCACAACAGACUGGUGCAGAUGUAGCCAAGACACUAUUUUCUGAGACUAAUAUUUGGGUGUAAUUCUACAAAAAAAAGACAUUUUGCUGCUCUUUUUGGACAUCUGUGAGACUUCAGUAAUUAUAUGCUGCUGCACGGGGCUAAGACAAUGCAGUAAACCCAAACAUUUUUUUGAGCAAUCUCCAGGCAGGCCUCUCCAUUAGGUCUGCGUGAUAACCACAUUGCUGCAGAAACAGCUCAUCAGCGUGCAGAAAAUGUUUGAGUUUUACAUCUUUUUUUUUUUUUUGCAAAACAACUGGCUGCUUAGUUGGAAUCGAUGCGAGUGAUCUAAAGGCCAUGUCCAACAGCCUCUACGUACGUUUUGUGCAUAUUAAAAAUUGGUCAUAUGUGAAUACACGUGGAAAAAGUGAGACAGGUGACAUUUUCACGGAUGAAUCCCGACUGAAACACAUAAAACCACGUAAGAAGUACGGAAAAGCCACGCAAAGUAUACGUAAAUCAACGUAGAAUGUAUACAGAGCGAGAUAAUUGCGCUGUUAAUGCGUCAAUUACGCAAUUAUAAAAUGAUGUGUGCACCAUCUACGCGAUUUAAAAGUUAUACAUCAGAAUUACAUGCCUGAAAAGUUUGUAAGAGAUAUGUGGAAUGUUCGUGGAAAACCAAAAAUUUGCAAAUGCAUUUCGCAAAAAUCAAUUGCGUAAUGUAUACGUAAUAAUUGUGUAUAAACUAUGUAAAAUAUGCGUAAACUGUGUAAUUGUCAACCAACAUAAAACAGCUCAAAGCCGAAUUCACAUAGAGACCCGUCGGCCGAAACCCUCGAUGGACCUCUGGGAACAUCGACGAUCGCAAGAAACACUUGUGCAUUACAUACAUCAUGCAUGUAUCGCACAAGGUCAAAAUUUGCAUGUAGUGACCGUGUGACAUGGCCUUAACGUUAAAAAGUAAAGCACGGUUGAAUAAAAAUAAAUUAUUUUUAUAGGACAAAUGAACACAAAGCAGACAUAACAUUUCCCCCUUUGGGAAAAUAUACUUAUUUAGGUUUUUGAUAUAAUUAUAUGCCCCUUUAUGAUAUCUGUUUUUUUUUUUUUUUUUUUUAGAUUGGUGUGAAUUAACUACUGAGUGAGCGACCCAGCUUUGUACUAUAGCACUGAAGCCCAAAAGUAAAGUAUUUAAAAAUCUGCAUUAAUGGAGAAAUGCCAGUGUGGAUUUUCUCUUUUUAUUUGUAAAUAGUAAGACCUUCUUUUCCUGUGGUACAGAGACAAAAGUGAGGCACGUCUCCUACUCUCACAAGCAUAAAGAGUGUUAUUUUAUAGAUCAAGAUGGUUGUUUACUAUUACUUUAAACGUUUUGAUAUGACACAAAGUUUCCGAAUCAAUGAAAUUAAGCAAUAAAAAUCAAUGCCCCCAACUUUAACAAUAAAAUCACACUUUAUUGAAAGAGUUUGACUUGUUUGUCCCCAAGAAUUGAAAUGAUAUGAGAUGGCAGGCUAAAUAGAAACUGGUCAAAAUAUAUACAUAGAACUUUGCACGCUAUGAAAACCAUAAUAGCUAUGCUGAGAUUCUGAGCAUGAAUGCUUGCUCCCCACAGCUUUUGGUGUGUUUUUGAAACUUUUCCUCUUUUUUUUUUGUUUUUUUUUUUUCUCCACACACUCCUCGGCCAAAGAGUGAGCUUGACUGGAUUCAAAACAGACAUGGCAGGAAUGCCAGAAAGAGUGAUUUCUGCUGAGUGCCCGUAGAUUGUUUGCGGGACAGCAAAGUUCUGGGGAAAAUAAAAGCAUGAUGCAGCAGCUGGUCCACUUCAAGACGUCACAGUUGUCCACAAUGUCUAAAACAGAACUGCACUGUGUAGUCUUCCGUAGAUCAUGUACAAAAUUUCUAUGUUGUAAAAAAGAAUGAAAGAUAAAUUAUUUUUGAAAUAUAUUAUAAGCACCUGUUCAAUGUAAAUAAGGUCAGACAGUUUAAACUGAUUUUUAUAUCUUGUUUUUUUAUACUUUUUUUUCCCCUGGAGGUGUUUAUUUCCUUUGGGGUUGAGGCUUCAAGAACCAGUGAAUACAUUGAUUUCCAUAAUUCUCACCGCCGCAGCACCAACAUGUGUUGAAUCCAUUGGAUCGUAGACAUUUUGCAACCUUUUUAUAAGAAGUCAGUGAAAAUCACAGUCAUAGGAAUGUUUUUAUAGUAUCAGAUUACCUAUAUAAUCAAUUAUCUUAUGUAAAGACCUCAUUGGCUAUCACCGUGUACAGUAUCCUGAUCUGAUGUGCGUAUCUUUUGUUAGGAUCUGUGCGGUGAAACAAAGAUAAGACAGACCACCCAUGUAUGGUUCUUAGUGAUGACAUUGUACCAGCAGAGCUUUGUCCAUGUUCACUUAUUCAUGUCUUAUGGGAACUCUAAAUUAUUUUCCUCUACCUCAUGUGUAUAGGUUGAAAGCAUAAACAGAUCACAAGUGACUGGUAAGAAUGUAUUUAAGUUAUUUAACAUCUUUGUAUAACAAAGGCGUAAAAAAAAAUCUGAAAUAAUAAAUGAGUUUUUAAAUUA